CGAUCCCUCAACACGACGCCGUGACACUAUAUCGACAUCGUCGGCUUACCGUCGCCUGUCCACGAGACUCGCGCUCGUCGAUAUAUAAUAAUAUAAUAUUAUAUUGUACAACUGCAAGUGCGACCGUUCUUGCACGGGAAAAACAUGCAGUCGACGGGAAUCGCGUCCGUGUGCUUACUGCUGCUGGCGAGUCGCGCGGCGGGACACGCGAUCGGCGAAAACCGCGGUGCGGACUACGAAGACUCGUCCGGCGUCGACGUAGACCGCAAGAGGGACGCCCCGCACCAGCCGAGGGUCUUGGACAUGGAGUCGAUAUUUGCGGGUUUCGCCAAGUCGAUGAUCAGCCGGACUGGAACUACCAGCAGUCAAAACCAGCACUGUAUAAACCCGGGUGUAAAAAAGAGGUCCACCGGCCAGGGUUUCUGCAAAAUGUCUUCCCUGACCACCUUGUCCAGUCCCUGUCAGUUUUUCAAGAUGGCCCUCGGAUUAUGCGAUCUACCCGACAUUUUGAUGCUCAGCUUAAACAUGUCGAACGUGGUACUUAUGCUGGUUCUCAAGGGACUGAUCUGGGGAGCGUCGUACAUGCAAGGGCACGGUGGUAAAGGCCGGAAGGAUGGACCAGAUGCGGCGGGCUUGGCCGGGAGCGGAUUUUUACAGGACAUGGUCUCCGAGACGGACUUGCUGUUGUUCCUUGGGUAUUUGGUAGCUGAUGAGUCAGGUCGCUACGACUGUCUAAACCGCGUGGCGUGUGAGCAACCGGCUAAAGCGGAGAGCUACCUAAGGAGCGCCGAAAUGCUCUUGAAAACGGCGAAGUUGCUGGACGCUGUGGUACCGGUAGACGCGAAAUACGAGCGAAUGUUGAUCAAAUUGCAAGAAGCCAUUGAAGACGGCCGGGCGGACGGAGAUUGUCAGGCCAAAUACAGAUGCUCCGAGUCGUCCAGCAACGAGGAUAACUUUAACCUGAUUUAAAGUAUAUAUUUUGCCGAAUUUUAAGUCUGAUCAACGCAAACGCUGUGCGCAGUCAUCAUUGUAUAGGAAAUUGGAUUGUUAUUGAAUAUUUUAUUUACGCAAUAACGCACGUACAACAAUAGUAGUAAAUAAUUAUGUUUUAUAUAAUAGCAAAUUUUUUUUUCAAAAAUAUUUCAUUUUUAUUCAAUGUAUACUUAUAAUAAUCGUACUUAUUACUUAUGCUAUUUGAUGAACAAUGACCUCAUUCAAAAUAAAAAUGCUAUUAUUAUAUCGAUCUGCACGUUAAUUUCUAUUGUAGACCAUAACGAUUAAUGUAUACCAACUAUUGUAUCUAUACGAUUUUCAUUAAU